GGACAAAACCCUGCAGGAGGCUGCGAGCGCUGCAGAGCUGCUCACUACGGGGAGAGGGCGGGGGUCGGCACCCGCAGCGCGGCCGGGACCGCAGCGAGGAGGCGGGGAGGCGGCGGGAGGGGCCGGCGGAGGGCGGGAGCGCGCCUCCUGACAUGACGGGGGCAUCCCUGACCGGGCCGGGCCGGGGCUAGGAGCGGCGCCCAGGCUGGGGGCGGGUCGCGGUCCGCCCCUCCGUCCGUCCGUCCUGUCCUGCCGGGGGCUUGUGUUCCGCACUCGGCCGCCUCGGGAAAGGAGCGAGGCAAGCGGCGGGAGGGUCGGGGAGAAGGAGCAUUCGCCUGAGGCUGGAGGAGGCUGACCUGCGUCCCCGCCCAGCCCGCGCCUAUGCGGUACUUGAAGGAUGGCGAAGAGGUCGCGCAGUGAGGAUGAGGAUGAUGACCUUCAGUAUGCUGAUCAUGAUUAUGAAGUACCACAACAAAAAGGAUUGAAAAAACUCUGGAACAGAGUAAAAUGGACAAGAGAUGAGGAUGAUAAGCUAAAGAAGUUGGUUGAACAGCAUGGAACUGAUGAUUGGACUCUAAUUGCUAGUCAUCUUCAAAAUCGUUCCGAUUUUCAAUGCCAACACCGAUGGCAGAAGGUUUUGAAUCCAGAAUUGAUAAAGGGUCCGUGGACAAAAGAAGAAGAUCAGAGGGUUAUUGAAUUAGUUCAGAAAUAUGGACCUAAAAGGUGGUCUUUAAUUGCAAAACACUUAAAAGGAAGAAUAGGCAAGCAGUGUAGAGAAAGAUGGCAUAAUCACCUGAAUCCUGAGGUGAAGAAGUCUUCCUGGACGGAAGAAGAAGACAGGAUUAUCUAUGAGGCACAUAAGCGGUUAGGAAAUCGGUGGGCAGAAAUCGCCAAACUGCUUCCUGGAAGGACUGAUAAUUCUAUCAAAAAUCAUUGGAAUUCUACCAUGCGAAGAAAAGUGGAACAGGAGGGCUACUUACAGGAUGGAAUCAAAUCAGAACGAUUGUCAUCAAAACUCCAACACAAACCUUGUGCAACAAUGGACCAUUUGCAAACCCAGAAUCAGUUUUACAUACCUGUUCAGAUCCCCGGUUAUCAGUAUGUAUCACCAGAAGGCAAUUGUGUAGAGCAUGUUCAGACUUCUGCCUUUAUUCAGCAACCCUUUGUUGAUGAAGAUCCUGAUAAAGAAAAGAAAAUAAAGGAACUUGAAUUGCUUCUUAUGUCAGCAGAAAAUGAAGUUAGAAGAAAGCGACUUCCAUCUCAACCUGGAAGCUUUUCUAGCUGGUCUGGUAGUUUCCUCAUGGAUGAUAGUAUGUCUCAUACUCUAAAUAGCCUUGAGGAACAAGCUGCUGAGCUUUACAGUGUGGAUGAAAAUCAGAUUGUUUCUGCUCAGCAGAAUUCACCCACGAAGUUCCUGGCUGUAGAGGCAAAUGCUGUGCUGUCUUCUCUACAGACCAUCCCAGAAUUUGCAGAGACUCUAGAACUUAUUGAGUCUGAUCCUGUAGCGUGGAGUGACGUUACUAGUUUUGAUCUUUCCGAUGCUGCUGCUUCUCCUGUCAAGUCCACCCCAGUCAAACUUAUGAGGAUUCAACACAACGAAGGAGCCAUGGAAUGCCAAUUUAACGUCAGUCUUGUACUUGAAGGGAAAAAGAACAGUUGUAAUGGUGGAGAAAGUGAGGCUGUUCCUUUAACAUCUCCAAAUGUGGUCAAGUUUAGCACUCCACCAACCAUCCUCAGAAAGAAGAGAAGAAUGAGAAUGGGACAGUCCCUAGGCAAUGACCUUGGUGAUAGCUCAUUCAAUGAUGGCGCUAAUACAGCUCUAAAACACACACCGGUGAAAACACUACCAUUUUCUCCUUCACAGUUUUUCAACACAUGUCCUGAAAAUGAACAACUUAAUAUGGAAAAUCCAUCAUUUACAUCAACCCCUGUUUGUGGGCAAAAAGUUCUCAUUACAACUCCUCUUCAGAAAGAAACAACCCCCAAAGAUCAAAAGGAAAAUGUAGGGUUUAGAACACCUACUAUUCGAAGAUCUAUAUUGGGUACCACACCAAGAACUCCUACCCCUUUUAAGAAUGCGCUUGCUGCUCAGGAGAAAAAGUAUGGACCUCUUAAAAUUGUGUCCCCAGCCACUUGCCUUCCUGGAAGAAGAUAUUCGAGAAGUUUUAAAAGAAGAAACUGGAACAGACAUAUUCCUCAAAGAGGAAGAUGAGCCCUGCUUACAAAAGCUGCAAACAAGAGCAGACUACUUCUGUGAAAAAAGUCAGAAAAUCACUAGUUUUAGAUAAUUGGGAAAAAGAAGAACCUGGCACUCAACUACUGUCUGAAGACAUUUCAGACAUGCAGUCAAAUUGUGAGUGGGAAACAGUGGUUUAUGGAAAGACAGAAGAUCAACUUAUUAUGACUGAACAAGCAAGAAAAUAUCUGAGUACUUACACAGCUACCAGCAGCACUUCAAGAGCUCUAAUACUGUAAUUGUUAUUUAAACUGAUGACUGUCCCACUCCUUUACUGUAUUUUAUACCAAACUAGGUUGCAGUGAAGUUUUUACCAAUUAAUUCUUUUUAAAGUUUUAAUACAACCCUAAAGUGGUUUUAUCUUUUUUCUAUUUUGGGCAAGCUAAAGCUAAUAAGCCACUACUUUGAAUAAGAAGUGAGCAAUUUCAUUGUUCAUUUUUUAAGAGAUGUGAUUUUGAAAAAUUGUUUUUAAAUAAUAAAAUGGGAAAAUUUAAAAUGUUCAUGGAUAUUCCAAAAGUGAAUACUCACACAUUAUCUUCACGAUAUAUACUACUAUUCUCUUGAGACUGUAGUUUUGUUACAGACAGGUAGAUGAAUACCUAUGAUUUCUGAAAUUUGUUUAUGUAUGGAAAGAAAAUGUGGUUUAUGAAGUACUUUUGUGCUGAUUUACUUAGGCUACCAUUUAUAAAGAAACACAGUGGAAAGGAGUCUGCAAGAAGAUAGAAAGUACACUACUAAUUUUUGGUACUUUUCAGAAACAGUAAAAUUACAGUGUUAAGUGUAUUUAUUUGAACACAGUACUAAAAACAAAAAGCAUUGAAAAUGGUUUUUUUACUUAUUAGUGAAGAGUCAGUAUUUUUUCCAUAAAUCUCAGAAGAGCUGAGAGUUUUGUUGAAUGUAUUGUACAGUAUGUAGGAGCACAAAAACCUUGUAAAUUGGAAGUCUGUUUUUAUAAUUUAUUUUCAUUUUUAAAGCUUUUAAAUGUAGAUAUUUAUAUGUAUACAGGGUGUCUAGAAGCCAGUGUUGUUUCCUGUCAUUACAGCUAACAUAGUAAAGAACAAUUUUGACCUUUAAGUAUGAAACAGUUAAGUUAUAGCUACAAAGAGUACAAUAUCUAUACUGUAUGUGUCACAUCUACCUAAAUAUUGCACUAUGCCCUUUAAAUCAUGUUGGUUAUAAAGUAGUUCUAAAAUGUACUAAGUAAUAAUUUAAUAUUUUCUUUUUAAAUUAUAUGGAGGGUCAUAUAAAUUAAUCUGGUGAUUUGUAUAUAUGUUUGAAAUAUUUGCAUUUUGUUUAAAAAUAGUACCUUGGUCCCUUAAAACAGUCUGCACUUAAAAGUUUAUUAUAUUUACUCAAUGUUUCAGAAGUAGAGAACAUUAUCUUUUAUUUAUACAAAUAAUUUGUCCUUUUAUGAAUGUUUCGUGUUUUUCUACAGGUUACAACAGUUGCUUCAGUUGCCCAGUUUAGGUGUUUGCACUUAUUUUACUUCUUCUUGAAAGAAUGUCUUUAUUUGCUUUUGUGGUAGAGAUUUUAUGUAAUUUUUCUGAGACAUAUAAUGAUACUGUCAACUUAAACACUGACAGGCAGAUAGAAUCGUACACUGUAGUUGGAAUUAUUUAUAAUUGACACACUCUCUCCCUCUCCACUCCUAAAGUAUGCUGCUAUAGAAAAUAGCAGAAUUGGCUUGCUGCUAUGAGAGAUGGAAAGAGCGACCACCACUUGCACUGUGUGAAAAGAUAAAAAGCAAAUGAUGGCAAGUUCUCAAGUUAACUUAAUGGAAUCAACCAUUACCAGGCAAAUUCUUACAAAGACCAAAAUACUACUAUGCCUUAAAAGAGAAACAAAAACAGCUUAAGAUUUUCAGAUCUGUUUUUAUGUUAAUAGAAAUUGAAAUACUAAGUAUUUUAAUGCUUAACUCUUGAACAGUAGACCUAAAAGGAUUUUAACCUAUUUGAAUCCACUUGCUAGUUUUUGCAUACUAUAUGUUAGUGAGAAGUAAAGAAUAUGUAUGGUGAUACUAAGAUUAUGCCUUAUUGAUAACAGAUAAACCAAUUUGAAUCUUCUUAGCACGCUUGUUAAGUAUGUUGAUUGCCUUCUAAUUAAUGAACUUCUCACAGAAAUUUCUGUUUGUAAAACCAAUGAUUGUGGCAAAAAUCAUACUGGAUCAUUUCAGUUAACCUUGAACUAAUAGCACAUAAUGGCUUUUUGUUUUUUGGCUUUUAAAAAAUGUAGCCCUUAGCUGGAUUGGAUGUAAUAGUCUCCAGUUACCAAAGUAUAUCUUGGAAGAGCUAUAUUUUUUAAAGCAUCAUUUUUCUCUAGCAUUAAAUUAUCCCAAAUGGUAAUAUAUUGUGAAUAAGCUUGGGCUUAUUGGAUAUAGUACAUAUUUGGGUGGGUUGGUAUUGGUUGUAUCCUCCAGUUAACUGCUUUGUUGCUUUUUGCAAGAUUUUUAAUCGUAAAUAUGUCAGACAUCUUAAGUCACCCUUUUUUUACUGUUGUAUUCAAUUGAAUUAUUUCAAUAUGUUAUAAAAAUGCCAGACAUACAUGUAGCAUCCAUACUUGCAUGGAAACUGUCUACACAUAUAUCAUCCUGCAUUUUGUUGCAAGGUUUUCACACUAAUACAGCAAUUACCCUGACUAAAUUUGAGUUUUUUGAUAUAUGAGAAAACUUUCUAUUGUAAGAGAAUCUUACAUACAAUGUUGCAUAUAUUAACAUCCAAAUAAAGCAUCUCUGUACAAGCUGA